GUACUACAUAGUGUGUACUACGGCUAGUACUGACUGACUGACUGCGUCCUAAACCCUUCGCGCUCUACGUCAUGGCCGGAUGAUUCUCCGCACAUUGCUGACUACACAGAGAAGCGCACCUUUUUUGAAGCUCCGUAUGCGUUUGGGACGGAACACAUUUCACUGUGCCUCACUUCAGGGAAAGGUAGAGGUUGUGAGAUCUUCAAUGUCUUCCAGGGGAAAUGGUCCAGACUGGAACAGAGCCAGAGCCAUAUCCAGCCAGUCAUAAGGAGGCGCUGUCUGUGGUGAGUGAGGACCAAUCUCUGUUUGAGUGUGUCUACAGCGUGGCCCAGCAGGCCAAGCCAGACAUGACAGCAUCAGCAGUGAGUGAAUAUGGCCAGAAUAAGCUGAGUCCCCGAGCAGCACAGCAAGACUGGCUUGCCUCUCCGCCUGGCCGUGUCACCAUCAAGAUGGAGUGCAGCAACGGCGGAGGAGCAGGAACCACAGGAGGAGGAGGAGGAAGUGGAAGAGUGGGACAGGUGAACGGCUCUAGGAGCUCUCCAGAUGACUGCAGUGUAGGGAAAGGAAAAAUGGCAAGUGGAGGUGAUGGUGCUACUAUGACCUACAGCAGCUACAUGGAGGACAAACAUGCCGCCCCUCCUAAUAUGACAACUAACGAGCGGAGAGUUAUUGUACCUGCAGACCCCACGCUAUGGACACCAGAUCACGUGCGUCAGUGGCUGGAGUGGGCUGUAAGGGAAUACGGCCUGCUGGAGGUCGACAUCUCGCUGUUCCACAACAUUGAUGGCAAGGAGCUCUGCAAGAUGAGCAAAGAGGAUUUCCAGAGACUCACACCCAGCUACAACGCGGACAUCCUUCUGUCCCAUCUCCACUACCUACGGGAGACUCCACUUCCCCAUUUGACUUCAGACGAUGUUGACAAAGCCUUGCAAAACUCGCCACGGUUAAUGCAUGCACGUAACACAGGAGGUGCAAGCUUCAUCUUCCCCAAUACUCCCGUCUAUCCACCUGACAUUCCCAGAGGCCCUGCAAGACCAGAUUUGGCAUAUGAAGCUGCCAGACGAUCUGCAUGGCCUCCCCAGUCAGCGUCAACCAAUAAAGUUUCACAGUCCUCACCAGCUGUUGUCACCAAAACAGAGGAGCAGAGGCCACAGCUUGAUCCAUAUCAGGUUUUGGGACCGACGAGCAGCAGGCUGGCAAACCCAGGUUCGGGUCAGAUCCAGCUGUGGCAGUUCCUGCUGGAGCUGCUCUCGGACAGUGCAAACUCGAGCUGCAUCACAUGGGAGGGCACAAAUGGUGAGUUUAAGAUGACCGACCCGGACGAGGUGGCUCGGCGCUGGGGGGAACGUAAGAGCAAGCCCAACAUGAACUAUGACAAGCUGAGCCGUGCUCUGCGCUACUAUUACGACAAAAACAUCAUGACCAAGGUGCAUGGCAAGCGCUAUGCCUACAAGUUCGACUUCCAUGGCAUUGCCCAGGCCUUACAGCCUCAUCCUCCUGAGUCGGCUAUGUACAAAUACCCUUCUGAUCUGCCCUAUGUGAGCUCCUACCACGCCCAUACACAGAAAAUGAACUUUGUGUCACCUCAUCCGCAGGCACUGCCUGUCACGUCCUCCGGCUUCUUCGGUGCACCCAACCCUUACUGGAACUCACCCGGAGCUGGCAUCUACCCCAGUCCACGCCAUCCAGCCACCCACAUGCCCCCUCACCUGGGCACCUAUUACUAGGUGUUUCAGUGUGGGCAGGAAAAUAACAGCAUCUCUCCUAAGUUGAACUGGAGCACCCCCAAGAGGCUGAAAACAGCAGCUUCGUGCUGAGCCAGGGAACUGGAAAUGGUGGUGUAAUUUUCUACACAGAAGGAGGAAGUUGGAGAUGGACGAGGCACACAAUAAUAAACACCUGAAGAAGCCGAAAUUUGACUGUAGGAUGUUGUAACCUAUAAUUUUUUACAAGGUUCUCAAUUACAUUUCAGCCAGUGACUCUCAAUUACGUCAGAUUAUCCAAGGAAUGCAAACAAAAGGUCCUGCACAAUUUGACUACAAUGUAAGAAAUAUUUCAAAGUCAAGUAGCUUGUAAAUGCUGUCCAGAAAGCUAAACACCAAUACUCAUGGGCACAAGCUAGCCUCUGGACGCAAUGCCAGCAUGUUCAAGACUGUAAGGUCAGCAGCAGGUCAUUAAGAGAAUGUGAAAGAGGACAAUCUUGAAGGCAAGUUGCAUUCAUGUAAAAAGGGCUUUAUUUUACCAAAGACAAAAAAAAAGUAGGUGCAUGAACAGUUAUGUAUUAUUCUAUAUGUUUUAAGUAUUAAACUACCUUAAUUUGAACAAACAUAUCAGAGAGAGUUAGGAAGAUGUGAAUGAGUUAAACAGGCGAAAUGAGGUGUGAAAGUAAGAGAAUGACUCAGAGAGAGAAAGAAAAUGGAAAAUGUUGAAGGAAUGAGAUGAAGGAAAGUAAAGGAAGUAUCAAGUAUUACUGCUUCGGAUAUAAACUGCCAUAUUUAUCAGUAUUAUACUACGUAGUAGUUCAUAUGGCAUUAUAGAGUGUAAAGAAGGGACAUUUACUUGAUUGUUAAUUUAACAAACUAAAGGGAAGAACCUUGAAAAUGAUUUUGUAAAAAAAAAAACAACAACUGGAAACGGAAAGAUUCUUUGUGUUUUAAAUGACCUCAGGCAUUUUUAGACAGAGGUGGAUUUUAAAAAUCAGUGCCUUAUUGAAGAAGUUCUUCACACAUUGGUGGAGGUUUUACCAAAGUACCAGUUUAUUUGUUGUUAUUAUUAUUUUUCUGAGUCACGAACGCUGUGCGUUUGUCAGAUCGAAGUAUACAAUUCAGUGUUAUAUUUCAUUUUAUAUGAUAGAUAUAUAACUUAUGCAUUUAAACACUACGAGUUGAUCUCAGCCAGCUAAAUACAGACAUUUAUAUGAUAGUUUUAAAGGGAAAAAAACAUGGACCAAAGUUAGCAAAAGUAAGUGAACAGCUGUGGCCUUUGAACUUUAAGCUCUAUAUUAAGAUUGUUUACAAAUGUAAGCCAUGCGUGCUAAUGUAAAAUGAAUUGUUUGUGAGAGCUGGUCUGGUUUGGCAUUCGGACCCGUUUCAGUGUUAACAGCAUUUACAGACUUAAGAGUCAAAAUCUGUAAAUCUCUAGCAACUGAAUAACUGGACUGAUUGCUCUGAGAUUGCUGACAAAUGGAGGAAAACAUACUUUCAUAAAUUAUAUGAUUUUCUACUGAGUAAAUUUAAUAAACUAUUUUGAAGCCAAACUUCUUUUUAUGUGUAAAGAAUGUGGUGUUAAAGUCAAAUACAAAUAAGACAAAACACCUGAUUUUUUUAAAAUAAAUUUUAUUUGCAUUAAGUUUA